AAUGAGCGAUACUCCAGAACAGGAGCAAGACUUCGAGCUGAUCGACGGAGCUGAACGAAAAUCCAGCACUUCAGAUAGUUUUGAAGCUGUUGAUGAAAAGAAAAAUGGUAGUCAAUCUGUCAGUGAAAACGAGGAUGACAAUGCUGACAAAUCGGCGAAAGAGGAAGAUGAUGAAGUUGAAGAGGAGAUGAAGCUUCCAUUCGUUGAUCAGUCAAUUAAAGACGACGCAAAUCGGCCGAAAGAGAAAGACGGUGAGGACCUAGUAGAAGAGGCACUGAAAGCACCGAUUCGACCCGAUCAAGAACAAUUCUACACAGCAGAGCAUUCGAAUAGAGCUAUAACUCUGCUCAUCGCAUUUUCUGCAAUGAUGUUCACACUUCCACUGCUUGUUAUGGCAAGCUUGUAUUAUUGGGUAUUCAUCGACCACUUCCAUUUACCACCAGCAGAAGCCAUGCUUUAUGCCGGAGUAUGUGCUGCCUUGGUCGUAAUUCUCAUUGCUGCCGCUUUCUGUUAUAUUGCAUGGAAAGAAGAGAAAGACGCCGAAGACAAACUCAGAGCAGAGAAAAAGAAAGAAUAGCGUGGCUGUGUAUUAUCUUCUUCAAAAAUUCCUCCUGAACAUUCACUUCCCGUUUGGACCUCGUUUACUUAUUUGUGAUCACUUCGACCCGUUCUAUUUAUAUUAGUGCCUCUGGCUAGAUGCUUUUGUACAUAACGAAUAAAUUUUUUUUGUUAU